GUUACUAUAGUAACGAGAGACAGUUCUGGAUAGCUAACGUUAGCGAGCUGACUGUGGCUGGUCAUGGAGCAGUUGCAGUUUUAUUAGUUGGGAAUGCUUGGUCACAAUUUUGUAACUAGUGUUAAUUAUUGUUAUCAAAGGCAACGACAUGACUAUUGCGUAUUCUGCAACGGUAUGAAUACUCCGUAGUUCAAAGGAAACGGCGAUAGUAUUCACCAAACCCAACUACCAUUUUCUCGAGUAAUGCAUUAAAUCUCAUUAAAAUGGAGGAUCGUUUUGCCUUUCUCGCCGAGUGGCAUGACACUAAUGCCAGUCUCCUGCGACGCUACCAACUGUUCUACUACCCCAAAGAUUGCUCAGUAGAAAUGUUUGAUCUUAAGAACCAGCGGACCUUUUUGAGAAGGACCAGAUACGAUGGCCUCCACCAGGAGGACCUGUUCGUUGGGAGUCGAGUGAAUGUGUUUUCACGGCAGCUUAAUCUGGUCGGAUAUGGGGAUCAGUACACAGCCAACAAACUUGGCAGCAAAAAAGAAAGAACUCUUGCUUUGGUAAAGCCAGAUGUAGUGACCAAGAUUGGAGACGUUCUUGAAUUGAUUUACUCCUCUAACCUGAUUGUGACCAAAGCCAAAAUGACAAAGCUCACAUGGAGCCAAGCGGCAGACUUUUACGCAGAACAUCAGUCAAAGCCAUUCUUCAAUAACCUUGUGCAGUUUAUGUCCUCGGGGCCCGUUGUUGCCAUGGAGCUGAUGGGUGAUGAGGCCAUGUCUACCUGGAGGAGGCUCCUGGGACCCACAGACUCUGCUGUGGCACAGAGGGAGGCACCACAAAGUGCGCGUGCCAGGUUUGGAACAGAUGGCGUCAAAAAUGUUGGACAUGGCUCUGACUCACUUGCUGCAGCAGCAAGAGAACUUGAGUUUUUUUUCCCAUCCACAAUUGGCCACGGUCCCUUAAAUACAGCUGUGUGUACAGACUGCACAUGCUGCAUCAUCAAACCUCAUGCUAUAUCAGAAGGUCUGAGCGGGAAGAUCCUGAACUCCAUAUCUGCAGCUGGAUAUGAAAUCUCAGCUCUUCAAAUGUUCAACAUGGACCGCGUAAACGCAGAGGAAUUCUACGAAGUCUACAAAGGAAUUGUUACAGACUAUUCUAGUAUGGUGACUGAGCUGUGUUCUGGCCCCUGCAUGGUUCUGGAGAUCCAGAGCACCAACACGCCUCAGACAUUCAGGGACUUCUGCGGACCAGCUGAUCCCGAAAUUGCUCGGCAUCUCCGCCCGACCACGCUGCGCGCUCGUUACGGCAAAGACAGGGUGAAGAACGCGGUUCACUGUACGGACCUCCCCGAGGACGGUGUUCUGGAGGUGGGUGGUGUCUCAUUGACACAUGUGUGCUACUCGGCACACCCACUUCCUCUCGUGUGUGCAUGUGUGUGUGUGUGUGUCCCCCCAUUGUCUCUCAGCUCGUGCAUAAGUCGCUACCUUGCGUCUCGCCAAGAACAAAACCCCCUCAACUCGUGUGAAGCCGAGUCCCAUGACUCCGCUCUGUGGGCUGGGGCAACCUCAGAUCACACUGGUGUUGAGGAACAAGAGUGACAGAGGGAUUUGAAACAGACCCAUUGUUUUACAGAGAGUGGGGUCUGACCCGUUCAGCGUCAUUGUUCAGGAAAACUCCUGAUCUGUGGCCUGGACAAAUGCCUCCUUGUUAAUCAUUAGCCUGUGACUGACUGAGCUGCCAUUUUCCCAAGACUAAGACAUAGUGGCCAAGAAGGGGCUUUGAAAGAGGAGGAAGUACUCCUUUAUGACUCACAAUCACUGGUCACUUUAUUAAGUACACCUGUUCAACUAAUUGCUAUUGCAAAUAUCUAAGCGGCUGGACUUGUGUGUCUCGGAAGCUUACUUUUUAUUAACCAUGACAGUUUUAUAGUGCACGGCAUGAUUAAAAAAGAGACAUUACUCCUUUACUGCUCACAAUGGCUGUGUGGCUACAGGGCUAGCACUUCCACCAUUUCCAAAACCACCUCCGCAGUCUCGGAAGCAAAACUGGAGCAAAUGCAAGCUAUGGUGACAGCGCAAGUGAAUCUGCUCGUUGGGAGUUGCAGGACUAGCAUAUGCAUGAACCACGUUAACUGAGAGCAACACAAGGCUAACAGCAAAAAUGUCAAAUUACUGGGAGCAAUGCACUGUAUUAGGCAUGUAGUCCUGGUCCAAGAG